GUGUUUCUAACUCAGGAACAAAGGCAAAGUAGGGUGGCAUCCACAGUGUUGCUGGUUUACUUUCCCAACCCUCCUCACCACCAACUCUCUCCUUAACAUUUUUCUUGCACCAACUUGAAAUCUCACCCCAAAUAAACCACAACAAUGGCCCCAGGAGUGCCCGCAGAUGUGUUUACAGCCGGCGGAAAGGUUUCCACCCUCAACGCAGGCUACUCAAAGGGGGCCUACGUCACAUUUUUAGCUGGAAACGGGGACUAUGUGAAAGGUGUUGUUGGGUUGGCUAAGGGUUUGCGCAAGGUGAAGAGCGCGUACCCUCUUGUGGUUGCAAUGUUGCCGGAUGUGCCUGAGGAGCACCGUGAGAUCUUAAAGUCUCAGGGCUGCAUAAUUCGUGAGAUUGAGCCCAUCUACCCUCCUGAGAACCAAAUCCAGUUUGCAAUGGCAUACUACGUCAUCAACUAUUCCAAACUCCGUAUUUGGAAUUUCGAGGAAUACAGCAAGAUGGUGUAUUUGGAUGCUGAUAUCCAAGUUUACGACAACAUAGACCACCUUAUGGACGCCCCGGACGGCUACUUUUACGCGGUAAUGGACUGCUUCUGUGAGAAGACAUGGAGUCACACUCCCCAGUACUCCGUCGGCUACUGCCAGCAGUGCCCGGACAAGGUGACUUGGCCCGCUGAGAUGGGUUCACCUCCACCUUUGUACUUCAACGCUGGGAUGUUCGUCUUUGAGCCUAGCCGUUUGACUUAUGAAAGCCUUCUCCAUACUCUACGGAUCACUCCUCCGACCGCCUUUGCCGAGCAAGAUUUCUUGAACAUGUUCUUCCAACACAUGUACAAGCCCAUCCCUCUCGUAUACAACUUGGUUCUAGCAAUGCUGUGGCGCCACCCGGAGAACGUUGAGCUCGACCAGGUCAAGGUGGUGCACUACUGUGCUGCUGGAUCAAAGCCAUGGAGAUACACUGGGAAAGAAGCAAACAUGGAGAGAGAGGACAUCAAGAUGUUGGUAGCCAAAUGGUGGGACAUUUACAAUGAUAAGUCUCUGGAUUUCAAGGCUGAGGACAGUGUUCCAGAGGGAGAAGGAUUCUCUAGGCCAUCGAUCAUGGCUUCCAUGCCUGAGCCUGCAAUCUCCUAUAUUCCCGCACCCUCUGCUGCUUGAAGAUCACAAAUCUUUAGGAGAGAGUGUAUUGAAGCUCAGGGUGUGAUCUAUCUCUUUUUCUAUUUAAUACCUUUUCCAAAGGCUACUUGGUCUUUUUUUUUUCUUUUUUUCUUUUUUUCUUUUUUCUCGGACUUAACAAAUAUACUGAGAAACUAUAUAUAUAUAUGUAUCUGAAGUCAUGCUUAUGCUUAUGCCAAAGCAAAAGAACGUACAACCUUUGUCUUGGAAGUA